CCUUUAUGAGAACUUGGUCUUGGACAACGCGUGCGCUCUCGUGGGAAAAUUCUAAAGACGAUUUUGCGCGAGGCGCUCAAUUUUCACCCGAGAAUAAAGGAGUUUAUUGAUUAAAACGCCGGUACCCUUGCGCGGACUUUUUGAACAGCUUGCAAACUUCUAAAACCGGAUUCUGAAUAUUGAACAGGUGCUUUGCAAAACCCCCUUCUGGCCCGGGGGGUGUGAAGAGUAUUUUUCGCUCACGAUGAGAUCAUUAUUCACCGUAACCGUGUAUUGCAUCAGCCUCCUCUCUUCGCAUCUGCUGGCUGUGCCGGUUAAAACCCCGCUGGAGAUGAACAGGUUGAACUUCAUGGCAAGACCCCAUCAACAAACUGUAGAAGUUACCAUAUCUCCAGACGUAAAAGAAACUGACCGUGGCGUAUCCAUCGACCAUUCCAUUUUGUGGAAAGCCAUUCUCUCCAGACCACCACCUUCAGCACUAAGUAACCCAAGCGAAAUCCAUGUCAGUCAGCCAAUAGAAGGAGAGUCCAAUAAAGGGGGCGAAGCCCCACACCAAAGAGGUCGUCGCCAUGUGUACUCGCGAAAUCAUCACAACCAUCACCAUGGCCAGCUGAUGCGCGUCGGAUGCAUCCUCGGUACCUGCCAGGUACAAAAUCUCAGUCACCGCCUCUACCAGCUUGCGGGUCAAACCAGGCGUGAAGACUCCUCCCCCAUUAAUCCCCGCAGCCCACACAGCUACGGAUGAGAUCCCGGCAAAAACGAAAGACCAGAUAAAAUAGCGUUUCAUACCUGUCCUGUUGUUUAUUUUAUUGCGAUAGCUCUGCUGUACUCUUUCUCUCUGCUUUAUUUCCAGUUUCUGUACUGUGCCUGUAUUUGGACCUGAAUUACUUGAUAGCAACUUGCCUUAAUUCCUCCAUCCAAAACGUUAACUUUAGCUAUGAUGUUCUCAGAUAGAUUCUUCAUUUUGAUGUCUUGUUAGAAUGAUAUUUAAAUCCCCUCAGAUAUGAGGUUAGUUUGGACGAUGUCACAUUAUUCCCCAACUCAUCAGAGUCUGUUAACUUCACACAACUGAUCAAACCCUCCUGUGGAUAAGAUAAGAUAUGCAAUUGGAUUCCUUUCAAGCUGAGACUUCUUUUUCCCAAAAGACUCCAAAACACUUUUAAACCAACAAACUUCUAAAAAAGAAGAAAAACAGUGAUUAGUAAUACAUUUCAAGACCACUGUCUAGUAGCUUGCAUGCACUCUGGCAGUCAACAACCACACUCCUCGUUACUGCAACUUUUAGGAUUUGGAAACAGUCGUCUUUGUAAAACCAGUUUGAAAUACUCAGUGGUCACUCGGUUGAGAUUACAUAGAAAUGCAGAAAAAAAAAUCUGGAUUAUUGCUUUGCUGCUUUGUCGUGCACCUUGUGGUCUGGCAUCUGAACUAUUAUGCUUCAUGUGAUUCAUAAAUUCAUAAACAUUACAACAAUGGCCAUCUGAAGUAUAAGGGAUCAUUUCCAAGGUCCAAGGUUUUAACUCUGAAGGAAUCCUACUGGGUUUUGCCACAUUUCAUAAACAAAAGCAAACUCAUUUUCUGGGCAUUUCUUAAAAGAUGGUUAAAACACACCCAUAAAUUCCCAUAACCUAGGUUACAGCUCCAAAACAGAACCAAAAGACCAUUUAUGCUGUAUCCAUAGACAGUAAAAUGACAGCUAUUGCUUGCUAGAAAACGUAUUCCAAGCACCAGUGACUGAGACGUCUUUUUGUUUGGGUCAUUUAAGUCAAUUUAUAAACUCAUUCUUGUUAACCUAAUUAAAGAUUGCAGUUAUACCAAAAUUCAAGCCUUUCAGUGAUAUGGCCUUCCAACGGCACCCUCUAUGAGUGUCAUAUUUUAAGAAUUCCCUAUAUUUAUAAUAAACAGUUCUGAAUUUGUGGGUGGAUAUGCACUCUAAAAAUACUCAACAAUCGUAAGACGAACAGCGUUAAAACUUUCAGAAACUUUCUUUGGCUUUGGGGGUCUAUGAAUGUCCGGGAAUGCUUUGAAACAUCAAACAGCUCUAUGUGUUGCAUGUCUGAGGAUUAAAUAGCAGAAGUAAUCCUUCUUAAACAUCAAAAACUGACUUUCAGAUGAAGUGAGUAUCCAGGCUAUGAAUCUCUUAGAAAUCAUUUAAGAUUUGCUAUACAUAAAACUCUCUUUAAAAACAUCUUUCAAACUUGGUCCAGAAGGCAGAGAUCUACCAAAAAUCCUGAUUUUACUUGAUAAUUUUCUGUGCAUUUACACUAUACUGUAAUUUAAUUGUAAUUUAUUUUCACUGCCAAUAUUGAUAUUUGUCUUUGAACGCUUACAUUUAAUUUCAGUUGGAUUUGAUAGACUUUAUAAUUGCAAAAGGUCUUUCUCUCUGUCUUGCCUGAUUUUUGUGAUUUUGUCAUCUUUAUCAUCUGCUCAAAGGCUCUCUCUCUCUCUCUAUAUAUAUAUAUCCAAGCUGUAAUCAACCUGUUUACUGAUUCAUUUGUUUCUGAUUCAUUAAAAGGCUUUUAAACUGC